CAUUUCAAACUAGGCGUGUUUCCUGCUCCCGAAGAGAAUCCAGCCCUGCUUGCAUCCUACGACACGAAAUUGGAGGAAAGAUUAUUUUACACAUUACUCAAAUAAUUGCUGUAUAAUCGGCACAGAUCACAAAAGGCUUUACUCAAAUUUAUUUUGUAUCCUUUUAAGAGAAAAAGGACGGAGAAUCCUCUCGGGAUAGACGCUUUUAACCAACCUAACCAAUGACAUAAAUGUCAGUCGGUCAAGGUCCACUCACACUCCAGAUGUGCGUUUAGCGUUUAUACACGUUUAUUUCAGGUCAGCCUCGCUUUCUCAUUCAAAAUUUGUACACAUUUCGAAGGGAAUCACUUUCAAAUUGUGGCAGUAUGGGAAAUCUUCGCUUUUGGAUGAGGACUUUGCUUUCUGGUAUUUGAUUGGGACUUUAACCAUGGAUUUAAGUACAGAAGAGCAGAUAUGUAGAGCGACUGAUGAUUUUAAGAAACACUGAAGAUCCGUGAGGAACCACGGGAAGAAUCCUACAAACACAUAGUGCACGUGAAGGAAGAAUUGCAUUUUUGGCAAAGAAGCUCCUGUAUCUGUAUUGCUGAUAAUAACACUUUAAUCGGUCGUUAGUCUCAGGUUAAUCAUUUAGUGGACACGGUUGUGGUUUAUUUCGGGUUAAGUUGUAAAAGACAAUCUGCUUGUACCUUCGCUGCAAUGUCGGCGGUGAUGAUAACGCGGAAGGUUACUCGAAAAUGGGAGAAAUUACCUGGGAAAAACACCUUCUGCUGCGAUGGACGGGUUAUGAUGGCUCGGCAGAAAGGAGUAUUUUACCUGACGCUGUUUCUCAUCAUUGGAACCUGCUCUCUGUUCUUCGCCUUUGAGUGCCCGUACCUGGCAGUGCACCUGUCUCCUGCCAUCCCUGUGUUUGCAGUGUUGCUCUUCGUCUUUGUCAUGGCCAUGCUGCUCCGAACCAGCUUCAGUGACCCAGGGGUGUUGCCACGGGCCCUGCCGGAGGAGGCCAACUUCAUUGAGAUGGAGAUCGAAGCGGCCAAUGGGAAUGUCUUGGCUGGACAGCGGCCUCCGCCCCGCAUCAAGAACGUGCAAAUUAACAACCAGAUUGUCAAGCUGAAGUACUGCUACACCUGCAAGAUCUUCAGACCCCCUCGUGCUUCCCAUUGCAGCAUCUGCGACAACUGCGUGGACCGGUUUGACCAUCAUUGUCCCUGGGUCGGAAACUGCGUAGGAAAGAGGAAUUACAGAUACUUCUACUUGUUCACACUCUCGCUGUCUCUACUUACCAUCUACAUCUUCGCCUUUGACAUCGUCCAUGUGGUUCUCCGUUCUGUGGACUCAGGAUUUGUGAAUACCAUUAAAGAAACUCCCGGAACUGUGUUGGAGGUUCUGGUGUGUUUUUUCACCCUCUGGUCUGUGGUGGGAUUGACUGGCUUUCACACCUACUUGAUCUCCCUCAACCAGACCACCAAUGAGGACAUCAAAGGCUCAUGGUCUGGAAAGAACCGUGUGCAGAACCCAUACAGCCAUAAGAACAUCAUCGAGAACUGCUGUGAGGUUCUGUGCGGCCCUACUUACCCCAGUGUGUUGGACAGAAGAGGGGUGAUGCUGGAAGACUCGACUAGCCCCAACCCCUCUGAUGCUUCCACCCAUAAGAGCAGCAACCCUGUUUCACAAACCACAGUAAGACAGCAUUUUUUAUGA